AAGAGGGCGGGCAGCCGACUGCUGUCUCUGUUCCAGCUCGGCACAUUCACAGCAUCCCAUACUGCUGAGCCUGUUGAAAAUUCUCGUUGCGUCAUGAAAUUCACCAUGGCGUUGACGCUGUUGGCGUUCGGGAACGCGCAGGCAUUUUUCGUGUUUGCGCCGUUGAGUUGGAGGACCGCUGCUACGGCUGUCAUGGGCACGUCGAGCGUGUGCCGAGCUGAAGAUUGGGCUGGGUUCGCACGGCGACGCUCCGCUGGCUUGUGUAUGGCCACGAGUUCGGAGCUGGACCAGAGCGCAGAGUACGUGAAGGCGGAGCUAGCCAGGGUCCAAGAGGAGUACGAGGCCAACCGAAAAGCUAAGAUGAAGGAGCAGACGCGACAGGCGGCGGCGAGAGGGGAUGCCGCCGUGACCCCCCUCGCUGACCUGGAGUUCCAUUCCUUCCUGGACAAGGACGGGAAGGUGGCCUCGAUAGACACGAAGGGCGUCAAGGCUAGCGUCUACGCAGUCUACGACGAGUCCAAGACACUGCGUUACAUCGGAGUGUCGCGCGGGAUUCAGCAGAGCCUCCGCUUGAGUCUGGCCCGCCGUCCGAAGGACACGUACUACUUCAAGGUGCAAAACAUCGCGCGACCCAGCCGAUCUCUGCUGGAAAUCAUCAAAGAGUCUUGGAUAGAGGAGAACGGCUCUACGCCCGACGGCAACGCUGACGAAGCCAGUCAGGCGGUGUGGGAACACGCCAUCAACGUGGUCCCGAUGUUCACCGAGGAGGACCUGGCCGUCGUGGCAGAGUGGAAGGAAAAGGGGAAGGAAGACCGGGGACUCAAGAAAAUCGCGGGCCGGUUCGAGAACGAAAUUUUGGAGAUCUUGGAGGAGCGGGGGUUGAAGGAGAGCAUCCGGUUCGACCCCAAGCUCAAGGGAAGGGGGCUGCUAGAUGUCAAGAUGCCCAAGCCGGACAGCAGUGUGCCCAAGUAAUCAAAUACUCCAAGUAGCAUUCCGGAAGUAUGUCGCUGCUGUUUUGGUUGUGAACCGACAGUUUUGAUACUGUUGGAAGAAUGGUGUCGAACUUCCUUUGUGGGGCGUCUUAACGGUAGGUCUAUUCUGCUGGCGGUGCACUCGAGCUCGGCAAACGGCGUGGAGAUCACUUGGAACAACGUUGGAUAGUGUUGUUUUACCUGGUACUGUGGGAUUGUAGUUUACAAAUUUUGUUUCCGUUCUGCACGUUUCCUUUGAACUCCUUUUCUAGAACGUGACUGACCGUGGUUCGAUUGUUCAAACCAUAACACAGCCGUGCAGCCGAUGGCUGUUUCUUCCAAGACAAAAUACGAUCGUCUAAAG